CUCAGCGCAGCAUUGCUAUUGUGCUUACAUGCAUCGAUAGGAUCGUGUGACAAUCACUCUAUGCUCGCAGAAUCCUGAUGCGUGUGACUGCCGUCGUGAAAAGUGGCGAUGGCCAGAAAGGCUAGGCAAAGGAUAAGCUAUGUCCUUCCUCUCGCAAAUUCCCCCGGCGGGCAUCGAUUAGGAGUUAAUGGUCUCGCUGUCGACAGUGAGCAAUCGAUCCUUUAUUCGGGGGGCAGAGACGGCGCAAUCUGUGCCUGGGAUUUACAUCUUGAUUUAAAGAGCGCAUCUCCUUCCAAAAAUCCAUUCGAUUCUCCAUUAGACCCUCCUACAAUCUCGCGCUCAAAACAACACCGACCAACGACUUUCAGGGCGCAAACCCAGGCGCAUACCCACUGGGUCAACGAUAUUGUCCUCGCACAGAAUAACACUGCUCUGGUAUCAGCAUCGUCCGAUUUGACGGUCAAAGUAUGGCGACCAUUAUCGGACGGGAUCGAAGCACCUCAAACAAUUGGGCAACACGCCGACUAUGUCAAAUGUCUUGCGACACCACAUCCUCAGGCGGACUGGGUUGCAUCAGGAGGGUUGGAUCGACGCAUAUGUCUAUGGGAUCUCAAUGGGGCAGGCAACCAACUCGAGAUUGAGGUCGGGGACGAGGAGAAGAACGAGAAAGGUUCUGUAUAUGCCUUGAGUGUGAGUCGAAGCAUACUCGCAAGCGGAGGCCCGGAAUCUAUCGUGCGGCUCUGGGAUCCUAGAUCUGGAAAGAGAAUUACGAAGUUUGUGGGCCAUACAGAUAAUAUUCGAGAUAUCCUAAUCAACGAGACGGGCGACACGAUUAUGACCGCGAGUUCCGACCAGACGGUCAAAGUUUGGAGUGUCACGGCAGGACGAUGCAUUCACACAUUGACAAUGCACAAUGACAGUGUCUGGUCUCUCUAUUCAGAUGAUCCGAACCUCGGAAUUUUCUACAGCGGCGAUCGAUCCGGUCUGGUGGUGAAGACCGAUGUCAGAGGCACCCUUGGCGAGAUGGACGAUGGCCUUUCACUCGCGGUAGCCCAAGAAAAUGACGGCGUGAACAAAGUUAUUGCUUGUGGGGAUUAUAUCUGGACUGCAACUUCAAGCUCUUCUAUCAAUCGCUGGGCAAAUGUUGAUACUGGAGACGAUAUCCAAUUACCAGAGGCCUAUCGGCACCACAGCGCUACUAGUACAGCCUCACGGCCGAAGCAACCUAGCCCCCCUAUCGCAAAUGGCCAUUCCAAGACGGAAAUUUCUGCACAGUCAGUCUUGAGGAUCUCAAAUACUGCCAACUUUCCUGCCCCGGUAACAAGAGAUGCCGACGAUACAUUUUCGGGCUGGAGCUUUCGGAAAGGCCCCGAGAUGAUUGUAGACCCGGAUAUUGGGGUGAUUGUGCCAAUUCACGCUUUACCGGAAGAAACGAUCGAAGGACAGCAUGGCCUGGUAAAGCAUAAACUGCUAAAUGAUAGACGGAGAGUCUUGACCUUAGAUACUGCUGGUGAUGUUCUACUUUGGGAUUUGCUGCUGUGUAUUCCCAUCCAAUCAUUCGGCAAGAGACACCUUGAAGAUGUUGAACCAGAAGUCAACACUAUGGAGGCCGUUGCUCCAUGGUGCUCGAUAGAUACUCGAACUGGCCGACUGGCUGUAGUGCUGGAGGAAUAUAAUUGCUUUGAUGCUGAGAUGUAUGCUGAUGAGCUUGAAUUGGAAGAGGCUGUUGAAUUUCGAGAAGACCAGAGAAUAAAUCUUGGGAAAUGGAUAUUACGCCACCUUUUCUCAAAUCUUGUCGACGAAAUGAUCAAACGAGACGAGAUCUAUCGGAAAGAACUGAAUGAGAGUGUAAAUAAGGGGCUUCGCAUCAAUGCGCCGCCGUUAUCCAUUCAGAUACCCACGCCACCAUUAGUUACCGGGCAGGAUAGUGUAGGCUUGGCCACACCUCGCGCGAAUGGAACUCCUUUUCCAAUGACCCCAGGCAUGGGUAUUGGUGUUGCCACACCAGCGCCUCUCAAUCAUCUACCUGGUGUUCCAGAAGGUGGAGCUCCUCUCGAUACACGAGGAUCUCAGGCGAGCCGGACCUCCGCCGACAAGCCUGUCGAUUAUUUCUCAAGCACACCCCUCUCUCCUGAUGCCAGUGGAAAAUCCGUUAUAACCCCAGGAGAGCGCUACGAUGAUAAACCUCCAAAAUCACCGUCCGACCCGGAUAAGGAGAAUAGUGGCAAGGACAGUAGUAACCUCUUCGGAAAGAAGUUUCGAAUGGGGAUGUCCUUUGGUAGCAAGAAGCUUAAUCGGUCUGCAUCGACCAACACCGAGAAGCCUGUUGUACUUGAUGAGAAAGUUGAGGACGGCUCUGAAACCUCGGAAAGCGGAGAGAAGGAGAAAGAGGUUGAUGAUAACUUUCGCGGUGUUGUCCAAAAGAUCAGAAUCGAGUAUGAGAAAGCUUUACAAGAGAAUCCAGAUCAGCCAGUUGAGACUGGUAUCACGCCAAGCCCGCCGAAUGAGACACCGGUCCUCAAACCCCCACCGAUGACUACGGUUAUCAUUCAAGAAGAGACUUCUGGUGGGAGUGCAGAUCUUUACAGAGGAACAGUUGCGACGCUCGGCGAAGACGCAAGUCUGAUCGAGGAACGAGCACCGAUGUGGCUCGGAGAUUUACUUCUAAGGAACAGGAUCCCAUUGAAGGAGCCGGUGAAGGUUUCCUUCGUGUUGCAACCUUGGCAGGACCUUCUCCCCAGCAUCGCUGGUCCCGAUGGCAACUCGCGCUUGAAUGCCAAUAGGAUGCUACGAGUCAAGAAAAUAUUGGCCUAUGUAGCGGAGCGCAUCGAACCUCCCCCAGAAGAACCGGACCCCAAUGCGUUGCGACCAGAGGAAUAUUUGGAAUUGUAUUGUUAUGACCAGAAAUUACCAAUAACUAUGAGUCUUGCUACCCUCCGUGCCCAUGUUUGGAAAGGGGGUGCGGAUGUAUUGUUGUACUACAAGAGCAAUGGUCGAAAACUCAUCAAUUUUGAGAAGGUGCUGAACUCAGCGACUGACACUUCUACCUCAGCUGCUCAAGCUGCUACACCUUCUGCUGCGUGAGAUCUCGACAGUCAGAAUUUGUCUGAUCGAGUGGUACUUUUACAUCAUAUCUAUCUUGACCCUUGUUCAUAGUUGGUUCGAGAUUCAUAUAAGUCAAGCGCGAUAGCAAAUGGUGUAGUCCAUGAGUUUGGUCUCCAUGGACGGGACGAUGAGCUAAGCUGGUCUGGUUGGUAGACAGUAGGUAGAUAUACCAUCUGGGAAAUAGCUUCGGAUGGUAUUUAUUAUCG